GCUAUCGCGACGGAGGAAAUACACCAGGAACGCCCAGCUAGGCCACUUCGCACCUUCAAUUGUUUAGGGUGCGAUAUAUCUGUGGACAGGAGACCAUUGUCCCAUUCAGAUUGUGGUCGACAGGUGCAACAUUACCGGUAAAAGCAAAAAGGCUUUUCACAAACGUGCCAAGCACGAAACGAUCAAUAUGGGCGGCAACAAGGACGCUCUCGCAUUGGCGAGGAGGGACGAGGAGGUCGACGAGGAGUUCAGCAUUAAGCCGGAGCAGGUCACGCCUGCUCUCGACACAAGCAGCUGGCCGCUUCUUCUCAAGAACUAUGACAAGCUGCACAUUCGCACCGGACACUUCACACCCAUUCCCAAUGGUAGCACGCCUCUCCGCAGGGACAUCAAGUCAUACAUCAGCUCCGGUGUGAUCAACCUCGACAAGCCCUCCAACCCUUCCUCCCACGAAGUCGUUGCAUGGAUCAAGAGGAUCUUGAGGUGUGAGAAGACGGGACACAGCGGUACUCUCGACCCCAAGGUUACAGGAUGCUUGAUUGUUUGCAUCGACCGUGCAACCAGGCUGGUCAAGUCGCAGCAGGGAGCAGGAAAGGAGUACGUUUGCGUGAUUCGCCUUCACGACAAGGUCCCUGGCGGCGAGCCUGAGUUUGCACGUGCACUCGAGACCCUCACCGGUGCCCUGUUCCAGCGCCCCCCGCUCAUCUCGGCCGUCAAGCGCCAGCUGCGUAUCCGUACCAUUCACGAGAGCAAGCUCAUCGAGUUCGACAAUGACCGUCACCUCGGUGUUUUCUGGGUCAGCUGUGAGGCUGGAACCUACAUUCGGACUCUGUGUGUCCACCUGGGUCUUAUGCUGGGUGUUGGCGCUCACAUGCAGGAGCUUCGCCGUGUCAGGAGUGGUGCCAUGGACGAGACCAAGGACUUGCACACCCUGCACGACGUCUUGGAUGCCCAGUGGCUGAUGGACAAUACCCGCGACGAGUCGUACCUGAGGAAAGUCAUCCAGCCUCUGGAGACCCUGCUCACGACCUACAAGAGGCUUGUGGUCAAGGACAGCGCCGUCAACGCUGUUUGCUAUGGUGCCAAGCUCAUGUUGCCUGGUCUCCUGAGAUAUGAGGCCGACAUUGAGCUUCAUGAGGAGGUUGUCUUGAUGACCACCAAGGGCGAGGCUAUUGCAAUUGGUAUUGCUCAAAUGUCAACAGUCGAGAUCUCAUCUUGCGACCACGGCGUGGUUGCCAAGGUCAAGCGCUGCAUCAUGGAGCGCGACCUGUACCCCCGCCGCUGGGGUCUUGGUCCCGUGGCCGGCGAGAAGAAGAAGCUCAAGGCCGAUGGCAAGCUCGACAAGUUCGGCCGCCCCAACGAAGCCACACCGUCAAGGUGGACCCAGAACUACAAGGACUACUCCGCUCCUGCACCUGAUGCCGCCGCGCCUGCUGCUGAUGAAGCUGCCGCUGCCACGGAGAGCCCAGCAAAGGCUCUUCCCGCUCCUGAGGCUGAGCCAGAAGCCGAGGCCGAUGACGGCAAGAAGCGCAAGUCAAAGCACGAGGGCGAGACGGCAGAGGAGAAGGCUGAACGCAAGCGCAGGAAGAAGGAAAAGAAGGAGAAGAGGGCCUCCAAGGCUGCUGCCGAAGAGGACAGCGACUAGAUUCUCGAAACUGUUCUCUUUUGAAGUCGCUCAAACCAAUUCUCGUUUUCCAGUCAUUGUCUCUCAAUACCUGCCCAAUUCCGCUGGUGGGAAACUUUCAGAUCCUUUGAUGUAGGGCGGUUUUGUCGACGAUGAUUCAUCAACUAUGGGCUGGAAAAGUGUACUUCUUGAUCAACAAAAGAAAAGACCCAAGGAUCACACUCAGGGCUGGGGUUAAUUGGCGUUAGGAUAGUGUUCUUUAUACCGGUUCUGCAUUUGUCACUGUUGUGUUUUCUGAAUUUGAUUUCUGCUUUCCUUUUACUGAUCACUGCACUAUUGUCACUAUGCGGCACCAAGUUUAACUUCGUCAGCACCGGUCAAAGCACGAGCUGCAUACUGACGGAAAACCGAGGCAUUGUCACGCCAUGCCUAUGAAUCUGGGAACCUUUAAUCAUUAGCGCCGCGUCAUCUAUUGGGGGAAAGUGAACGACAGCGAACGUGCCACAGCUGACUCGAUUCGACACUGAGGUAUCUCGGGUUCACUCUAGGGCCGCGACGCCAAAACCCCCUUGCUUCGAGUCUGAACAAAGCCAACACUCAACUCUCGGUGGAUAAGACACAUAUGCUUAUCACCCCGGGUCCUGAUUACCGCCAUCACUAUAGAUUUACCAAACAAAAAAAACACCAAGCAAACGAAUUUGAAACAGCCGCUGAUCCUCCCCUUCGUUUUGUUUUUGCCGCCGUUGUGUUUGUCGAGUAAGUGGUAAAGAUAAGAGGCAUGCAUCCUAUUGUGAAACCGACGUCUCACAGUGCACUCCUCCCCGGACCACGCCGCAUCUGCACGAAUCUGGCACUACUCCUCCUCCCAACCGACCCAGGCGCCGCCGCAGCGCAACCCUGACCAUCAGCCUCGUCAGCGCGCGGCAGAACUUACUUUCCCCGCGACCGCAAUCGCUGGUGCGUCCUGGUCUCCUUGCGACUCUUGAGCUUGGACGCCGUCGCCCGGCCGCCUCGUUCGCGGUGGGCUGCGUCUGGAUGGCCGCGGGUCGGGGGCGAUCGGCCCCCGGUACCGGUCUUGUCCUUGACGAUGGCGGGCUUGUCUUGUUGCUCCGUUUCGUCGUGCCUCUGGAUGAACUUGGCGGAGAAGGUGAGGUGGUGCUCGGUGGGAGUGGCAGCUGGAGCACCACGCUCGAUGAGGGUUGGCACGCGCGCCACGUCUAGCUUGGCUGCUGGCCCCUCGCCCAGGAUUGGGCGGGUGAGGGCGAGGAUGGCCACAGCGGUCACGAUGGUGAGCUUGGUGAGCAUGGCUGCGGUCCGGUUGUUGGUUGGGGCCGUGUUAUUUUCUUUUCUUUUCUGUUGAAUACAAAUUCGACUGUGCAAGAUUUAUCUUUCCGUCAAGGUGUCGAAUUAUACCACACCGUGCUGGAAUGUCGGCUUGGAGUGAUGGCUAGUGUGGGCUCAGGCUUUGCACCUUCUUUUCGUUCCAUUUAUCAGCGAUCCAGGCCAGGUUUCUUGCCUCCCCAUCGCGACCGGACGCAGCGGACAAAGGGGCAGUGGGGGGCGAGACUUUCAAACUCUUGUAAGUUCGCCAUGGCGAGAAUACGACUUGGUACCUUUUCCGAAUCCUGGACAAAGGACGGCAAUUCUCUCUCCGGGUUGGUGACGAAAGUGAAGACAAAGAAUAUUUUGGGCAAGACUGCCCUGUCAGCAUCGAUUAGACUUGGCCGCCAAUGUUUUCUUCUUUGAACAAAGGCGACGGGGAAGUAGUCUGGAUCUUGUGAUUUGACGAUUUAUCGCCACGCGAACACUCCAUAUCGCCAUCUCUGGAUUGAGCCAGAUUUUGUCAUCAGCUUAAAUAACCUCACGACGGC